AUGCCUAAAUUGAAGAGAAUGUUUGGCAGUCACGUGACUCAAGCACGAUCAUUGAACCAUUAUUCAUUUGGUGUAAGUGUAGCAUCGAUUAAGGCAAAUAAAAAAUGUUUAAUCAGAAUUGAAGUUAAAUAG